CUACAUAUACAGAACAUUGUCAGUGGUCCUCUACUCAUGUAGGCUACUGAUGCUGAAGAACACCUGGAUGAAGGAAUUGCAGCUCAACUUUUCGAUAUAUUUUUUUUUUAUCUUAGAUCAUUUGUAUUUUAUUUAGGCAACAACUAUGAAUUACUACAUUCUGUCCUUAAUAUGGGCGAUAACAUUACCUGCGUGCAUGGCCAUCCAGGGAUUAUACAAUUUCGGUCAGCCCGAGUUAUUCUUCAAAAAGAAUAACUGCAAGCCCAUCCCGGCCAAUCUUCUCUUGUGCCAUGACAUCGAAUACACCGAGAUGCGCCUCCCGAAUCUUCUCGGGCACGAGACCAUGAACGAGGUUUUGCAGCAAGCCUCUUCGUGGAUUCCACUGGUCCAGAAGCAGUGUCACCCCGACACGAGGAAGUUUCUUUGCUCUCUCUUUGCACCGGUGUGUCUGCACGAUUUGGACGAGCCUAUCCAGCCGUGCAGGUCGUUGUGCGUGAGCGUCAAACACGGUUGCGCACCGGUGAUGUCCGCGUUCGGGUUCCCGUGGCCAGAUAUGCUUGACUGCGAGCGCUUCCCCCAAGACAAUGACCUGUGUAUCCCUCCAGCGGGCAUCGAUUAUUCCAUGCCAGUCACCAGAGAAGUGCCCAGAGUGUGUGACGCCUGCAAGGAAAAGGAGGAAAAUGACAAUGAAAUAGUUGACAACCUGUGCAAAAACGACUUCGCCCUGAAGAUCAAGGUAAAGGAGAUCUCCUACAUGAACGGCGACACCAAGAUCGUGCCCGAGACCAAGAGCAAGACCAUCUACAAGCUGAGCGGUGUGACGGAACGAGACCUGCGCAAGACGGUGCUCUGGCUCAAGGAUGGCCUGCAGUGUGUGUGCGACGAGAUGAACGACAUCAACGCCUCCUACCUGGUCAUGGGCCAGAAGAUGGAUGGCCACCUGGUCAUCACCUCGCUCAAGCGCUGGCAGCGGGGCCAGCGUGAGUUCAAGAGGAUCUCACGCAGCAUCCGCAAGCUGCAGUGCUGAGCGAAGCCAGACUCAAGACCCGAUGAGUCUUAUCUAAACUCUAAGAGCCGGAUCUGGUCCGAUCCGAAUGCAACUAGUUCUCAGUCAGUAUUGUUAAACGUCCUGUCCUUAGUACCGUGUGUUUAGCGCUGCCAUAGGCUACUUUUCAACACGUUUAUUGUUUAUUAGGAUUUCAUUUGAUCCAUCAAUAGUCCUUAUAAGAUAACACAAAUCACAUACACAUUACAUUAAAAUCAAAGACAAACAGGUGAAUAUUGCAGGUCUACUACAUACUGCCUGUAAUGUUGUAUGCAUAUUUCAGUGUUUCUGAAAAUAUUAAAAAUCAUUAUUUUCAUUUUUUCAUUAUGCAAUGCAGUCUGUUAGGCUACACUUAUCCAGACUUGAUGAUGAGGCUGGAUACAUUUAGUGCAUUGGCCUAUCAUUAGGUGAGAGGGAGAGUGUGUGGUUUCUGUGUGCAUGGUGUGAUAUAGUUUCAGAUGUAUUCUUUAAGAUUAUGGUAUGUAAAGAAAUACAAUGUAAUGUGCUUUUUUACUUAUUAUUUUUCUCAAGCAAUGAGAGAUAGCUGGCUAUAUUCUCUGCCUUUUAGAUAGUACUUCCAAUAAUGUACCCCUGGCAUUGCAAGUUCAGCAGCCCAAAGCAAGGCCCAUAUCAUUGCAGUGACGACAAUCAAUUAUUUGACCCUCUGCAGUCAAUGGACUAUGUCACCUUUUUGUACAUGAGCCUCAAUACUGCACUGUUUAUUUUUCUACCACAAUUAUUGAUUAUGAAAUCUUUUUCAGUUUCAAGCUUUUUCAAGUAAAUUCCUUUGACAUUGGUGAUCAAAUUGUGGAGUGCCCGUCUACCAUGUCAUUUCUGUUUCUCUCAACUUUUUUUAAUGACAUUUCUUCUCACUAUGGCAGCGUGUCUUAGGUAUGUUAACUAAGUAUAUCAGGAUUGUAUAUUAAUGGUCGAUUGUGUUUUCAUUUUUAGGGGUGAAUGCAAACGUGUGUGUGUGUGUGUGUGUGUGUGUGUGUGUGUGUGUGUGUGUGUGUGUGUGUGUGUGUGUGUGUGUGUGUGUGUGUGUGUGUGUGUGUGUGUGUGUGUGUGUGUGUGUGUGUGUGUAAGUAAAAUAUUGAUUUAUAUAGUACUCUGUAAAUAUCAGAAACCUUGUAUUCUUGUACAUAGUUUCGGGAGACCGCAGGAGUUGACACGUGUGUUUUCAGAUGGUGAUAUAUAUUUUUUUUGUAAAUUACAACACUAAACAUAUGUUUGUAUAAUGUUAAUCUGAGAAGUGUAAUUCUUAUAAAUGAUAUGCAUCUUUUGGUCCCUCUUAAUUAAAGGAAACAAUUCAAGGAACC